AUGGCUUAUGAAGCUUUGGAAUCCUUGCAACAAACCUUACUCCUAGUCCUUCAGCGCGAUGAUCAUCUCAUCACUCCUCCUGUUAAACGACGAAUUAUAUCCAUCCACGACAAAGCUGUUGUCUUGCAGUUUAAUCUCAAAUGGUUUCCAGAUAAGGAGACAAUGAGGGAGCUGGGGAAAUUGGCUAAGGAGCUCGAAUCAACUGUUGGAUAUGUCGCUGACUACUGCAACAGUGAUUCUCUCUCUGUUAGUUCAUCAUCAAGAUCUGCACUCAAGAAUGAAGUUGAAGAUCUGACAGUUGCAACGGAGCUGAUGAUCAGAUUAUCAAUCCGGUUGAGGAGAUUUACGGAGAAAAUAAAGUUAAGUUCUAGAGCAUUAGUAGAUGACGAUCUUGUGGUGGGUUUUAAAAACGAUGUGUUGCAGAUAAAGCACCGGCUUAAUUGCAAUGACAGACUACGAAUUCUCCCUAUAGUCGGAAUGGGAGGAAUUGGGAAUUUAGCAAGUAUUCUCUCACAAGUACUAGCUUCGAUCAAAGAUGAUGUAGAUCGAGGUGGGAGGGAUUCGUUCAAAGGACUUGAAGCGGCGAAGGUUGAAAUUCACAAAAUGUUAUCCGGGAGGAGGUAUCUCAUAGUAAUGGACGACAUGUGGAGUGCGGAAGCUUGGGAUCACGUACGAAGGCUAUUUCCUAACAAUGAUAAUGGAAGCUGGAUCAUAUUAACCACAAGGCUAAUGGAUGUGGCCACUUAUUGUACCUCUUUGCCUGUUCAUAUGAUGCGUUUCUUGGAUGACGAACAAAGUUGGCGUUUGUUCAAUCACAAGGUCUUCAGAGAUCAAGAUUGCCCUCUUGAGCUACAAAAUGUUGGGGAAAAAAUAGUAAAAGGAUGUGGAGGUCUGCCCCUCUCAAUUGUUAAUGUAGCAGGACUUCUAUCGAGGAUUCCUAGAACUCCCAAGUUGUGA